UCGGAUGCUUAGACCAAGUACAAAGAGGGCAACUUGUCCAUGCAUGCACAUACAGACACGCCACAUCCUUAGACUCGUAUAAACGGGUGCGAAGAAGUCGUGUUGUUGGGUUGAGAAGAAAACGUUGUAAGAGACAGAAGACACGAGCUGCUGCUGCUGCUUCUUCUUUGGUGGUUGGUGAGGGGAAGGAUUUGCAGACUAGAGGGGACGGACAUGGAGAGGUCGACGGCGAGGAAGUUAGGGUUUUGGGUGGUGAUGGUGUUCGCGGCGACGACGGAGGUGGUGGUGGGAAGAGCACAACUGGUGGAGGAUUUCUAUGGCAAGACCUGCCCGAACGUCGAGAACAUCGUGAAGCAGGCGGUAACGACCAAGUUCAGCCAGACCUUCGUCACCAUCCCCGGCACGCUCCGCCUCUUCUUCCACGACUGCUUCAUCGAGGGAUGCGAUGCUUCGAUUUUGAUUGCGUCGCCUAACGGGGAUGCCGAGAAGGACGCUCCGGAUAAUGAGUCUCUGGCCGGAGAUGGGUUCGACACUGUCAUCAAGGCAAAGCAAGCUGUCGAAGAGACUUGCCCCGGCAUCGUGUCGUGCGCAGACAUCUUAGCCAUAGCUGCUCGAGACGUAGUUGUCCUGGCCGGAGGUCCAUCGUUCAACGUAGAGCUCGGACGUCGCGACGGUCUCAUCUCCAAAGCAUCUCUAGUGGCCGGGAAAUUGCCAGAACCGAAUUUCGAUCUCGACCAGCUCAAUUCGAUGUUCUCCGGACACGGCCUCACACAAUCCGACAUGAUCGCGCUCUCGGGCGCUCACACCGUCGGCUUUUCCCACUGCAGCCGCUUCGCCAACCGUCUCUACUCGUUCUCCUCGUCGUCUCAAGUGGACCCGACUCUCAACUCUACCUAUGCAGCGCAGCUAAUGCAAGAUUGCCCCCAGAAUGUGGACCCGCAAAUAGCGAUCAACAUGGACCCCGUGACUCCUCAGAUAUUCGACAACAUGUACUACAAGAAUCUGGUCCAAGGCAUGGGCCUGUUCACUUCGGACGAGUCGCUCUUCACCGAUUCGGCGUCUAAGCCUACCGUAGUGGGCUUUGCCGACAGCCCGGGCAAGUUCAAUGAGGCCUUCGCCACUGCGAUGAUUAAGCUCGGGAGGGUGAAUGUCAAGACCGGAAGCCAAGGACAGAUCAGAAGAGAUUGUACAGCUUUCAAUUCAUAACUUACAGUCACGGCUUGAAAAUUCAGACAUUGAAUCAAUAAGCAGUGCGUGGUUCUGAACUGUGGAAUAAAAACGAACCACCCCAUUUGUUUUGU